CGAAGCUUUAAUAAUUUUAAUAAAUAAUACACAUAGCCAAAGAAAUACAAUGAGAGAGGCACUACUUGCUGCCAUUCUUCUAAUCAAAAGUCAAAACACUUAAACACUACUAUCAUGCAGCCAAUACGCAAGUUCGUUGUUUCCCUUCAACUUGCCUCCUUUAUCCUCCUCUUAUUGCUUCUUUCACCACCAACCAUAGCCCAAACUCCACCUUCUAAGGCUACAACCACCACCACUACAAUCACCAAUCGCGCCACCAUCACGAAACCGGGAUGCCCACGAAAGUGCGGAAACCUAACGGUUCCAUACCCGUUCGGAGUGGGCUUAGGCUCGGGUUGCGCUCUCAACCCGAGCCUGGAAAUCAACUGCAACGCAUCGAACAAUCCUCCAACGCCUCUAAUCACAUCGGACCAGCUCCAUGUAUACGACAUCUCCGACUCCCACGUCUGGAUCUCCAACUCCGUUACUACCCGAUGCUACACCUCGACGGGGGGCAUGCUCGGGCAAACAUCUGCUGGGAUCGACCUCGGCGAUUCCAGCCCAUACACUUUCUCAGAUAAAAACAAGUUCACCGUUGUCGGGUGCGACGACUCCGCCGUCAUGAUCGGACACAACCUCGGGAACGGGAAGAACUUCGCCAACGGCUGCGCCGUCUCUUGCGCCGCGCCGGAGGAUGUAAUCGGCGGAAGCUGUAUAGGUUCCGCCGGUUGCUGCCAAAUCACGAUCCCGAAUGGAUUGAAGACGGCUAAUGUAACUAAUAUGCGCUCCCCGUCCGGUCAUGCUCGGGUCUGGUCCGGUAACCCCUGCGGGUACGCGUUUAUUGGGGAAGCCGGCCGGUAUAGUUUCCGGGGCUCCGGUGACCUUAAAAAUCCCAAUUUUAGUACGAUGGUUGGGGAAAGCGUUCCGAUUGUACUAGAUUGGGCUAUAGGGAAUCUGAGUUGUGAGGGAGCAAGGAAGAAAGAUGAUUAUGCGUGUAAGGAGAAAAGUCAUUGCGUUGACGUUGACUAUGAUUCUGGAGGUUACCGUUGUAGCUGUGACGAUGGUUAUAGGGGCAAUCCUUAUAUCUCUCUGGGCUGCCAAGUUUUUCUGAUAGAUAUUGAUGAGUGUGAAGAUCCAAAUGAGAAUCCAUGUGAAAAGAUUUGCACAAACACGCCGCUAGGAAGCUAUACUUGCUCUUGUCCAGAUGGGUACACUGGCGAUGGUAAGAAGAAUGGGCAGGGCUGUGUUGCAACUGGGUCAGAAUUUCCAUGGAUCAAAUUUUCGGUAGGUAAGUUCUUCAUACUUGCUAUUUUUUGCGGUUUAAUAAUAAUGAUUAUGUACACCAAGGAUUUUUAUUAUAUUCUCGAUUGUUUUCAUCUUAUUAUUGGUAAUGAAAUUAAUUAAUUUGCUAAUGUAAAAAAGAAAGUAAAUAGUACCGUAUCUAAUUAAAUUGUUCUAGUAUGUAUAUCAUUCAUUCUUUUUUAAUUUUGUGAGAGCACAUCACCCUUUUCUUUUUCUAAGAAAUUACUCCGUAUAAAUACUACGUUCAUCCCUCUAAUUAAGCUUGAUAUAAGAGGAGGUCCAUUGUAGUAAUGGCUAACAAGAAAAUGAGAAUUGUAUAAUGGAUUGAUAUUGCAUAUUGCAUAAGGUGUGAAUAAAAUAAAAAUGAAUAAGAACCUACAAAUAUUAAAAAAUAUGAUAUGCGAAAAAUUUAGUGAAACGGGUGAAAAACAAUAAAACGAGACAAUUUAGAUAUACUACACUAAUUUUCUCCAUUUUUAGAAAAUAUCAUUGUUGAAAUAAAACAUUAUAGUAAAUACGGAAUUCAAUUCUAUAACAAGAAAUAAUAACUCAUAAAUUUAUAAGAAAUACAGUUAUAUUUCUAAAAAAUAAACAAUAGUAUUCUUUUUUUGUCGAUAAUUACAAUGAUAUUCUAGUUUUUAAAAUAUGCAGGGUGGUUUGAUGAUCAAAAAAAUAUGUAGGGUGGAGAUUGGUUUGCGGUUAGGCUAUAAUUUAUCUGAUUUGUAAAACUUGGUCACAUCUCACUUGCAAAUUAAUAUUCACCCCUUCCAUAAAUCUAAACAAUUUAACUUACACAUGAAAAAAACUUUAACAUAUAUCCAUAAUUUUAAAUAGAAAUAAGAAAUAACGAUAGAAACCACAGAGUGUUUUGGAAUUAUUGUUAUUUAGAGCAUCUACAAUGGUAGAAUGUGCACGAUGCACAUGUGGCGUGAAUGACUUUAUACAAUUUUGGUAUGUUUUUCCCUGCAAUGUCAACUGCAAUGUCAACAUUUAGACGGUCUUCUUGACAUUGUGGAGAAAAACUUACCAAAACUGUAUAAAUCAUUCAAAUAAGGAGAGAAAAAAUUAAUUUACUAAUAUUUAUGUGGCUAUCUCUCAUGCCACGUGUGCACCGUGCACAGUUUACCAUUGGAGAUGCUCUAAAUCGGUAACAUAUUAUUUUUAUUUUGACUGACCACACACUCCAUGUAAAAUUUGUCAUACAAAUGCCCAGGUUUGGGGAUCGGCUUUUUGUCGUUGAUCGGUGGAGCAACAUGGCUAUACUUCUUUGUUAAAAAAAGAAAACUCAUUCAACUUCGACAACAAUUCUUCGAACAAAAUGGCGGCUUAAUCUUGAACCAGAGAAUAACCACCACAGUAGACGGUGCCGGAGUAGAUGCGACGAAAAUCUUCACCGCGGAGGAGUUGAAAACAGCCACCAACGACUACUCAAGUGACCGUGAACUCGGCCGUGGGGGAAACGGCGUCGUUUACAAGGGCAUCCUACCAGACAAUCGUGUAGUCGCCAUCAAGAAAUCCAAAACUAUGGACGAGAGUAAAAUCGAAGAAUUCAUCAACGAGGUGGUCAUUCUCACUCAGGUCAACCAUCGGAAUGUGGUCAAACUUAUAGGAUGUUGUCUUGAGGUGGAAGUUCCGAUUUUGGUCUACGAAUACGUCUCCCACGGCACACUCUAUGAGCACAUCCACAAACCCGAUGGCAGCUCUGAUUGGCUCUCGUGGGAAAUCCGAUUAAGAAUAGCCACAGAAACCGCCGGCGCACUCGCCUAUCUUCAUUCAUCGGCAGCAAUACCUAUAUUCCAUCGAGAUGUAAAAUCGGCUAAUAUAUUACUAGAUGAUAAUUACAUAGCAAAAGUUUCAGAUUUUGGUGCGUCUAGAUUGAUCCCUUUGGACCAAACCCACAUAGCCACUUUGGUGCAAGGGACAUUCGGGUAUUUGGACCCGGAAUACUUUCGGACAGGUCAAUUGACUGAAAAGAGCGAUGUGUAUAGCUUCGGAGUAGUAAUUUGUGAGCUUCUAACUGGAAUGAAACCGGUUUCAAGAGAAAGAAGAGAGGAGGAGAGGAAUUUGGCAGCAUAUGUGGUGAGAUCCAUGGAUAAGAAUCAAUUGUUCAAGAUUCUGGACCGCCGUGUUUUGAAGGAAGCGGCUAUGGAGCAAACAGAGAGAGUUGCAGAGCUUGCAAGAAGAUGCGUUCACUUGAAUGGCAGAGAUAGGCCUACGAUGAAAGAAGUGGUUAUGGAGCUUGAAAGGGUGAGAAAGUUCAAUAAGGAGAUGUGGAAUCGUGAAUUGCGAAUCUCACGAGAUGAUGUUAUUGAUGUUGGUCAAACGGGUGGUCAAGAGGGGUCUUCAUCAUCGUUAGACCUUUAUACGCUUCAUUUGAACUCUACGGCUUUCAAUAGUGAUUAUUCUAGACAAUACACCAAUUCUUCAACUAGUUCCAGACCCACAUUUCCCAUUAAUACUAGUCCACGAUGAUUAUGACGUUUGACAAUUCGACAUAAUCAAUUGUAUCAUUAUACAUUAUAAAUUGAAAAAUUUUGUGCCUUUUCCAACAAUAGAUCAUUACGUUAUAG